AGUUUCCCUUGCUUGUCAUUUUGUGUGUAUUCUAUUUAUAUAUUAUUAUUCCUCUGACUGUCUUGUGCUUUAGUAUUUAAUGGCUGCAAAAGAGAAGCAGAUCCUCUGUGUUGGGCUAGUAUGUUUGGACGUUAUUAAUGUGGUCGAUAAAUUUCCAGUUGAAGACACAGAUACACGAUGUUUAACUCAGAGAUGGCAACGGGGUGGGAAUGCCUCCAAUACAUGUACAGUUCUGUCAUUACUCGGUGCUCCCUGUGGAUUCAUGGGCUCUCUGGCGCCUGGACGUGUUUCAGAUUUUGUUUACGAUGACAUCAGACGUUAUGGGAUUGAUGUGACUAAUGUGAUUGUUCAUGCAGAAUCAUCCUUCCCAGCCUCCAUUGUCAUCAGCAACAUAAGCAACGGUUUGCGUACCAUCCUUCAUUCAAACAGGAAUUUACCUGAUGUUACCUCAGAGGAUUUUAGGAAAAUUGAUCUUUCACUGUACAAGUGGAUUCACUGGGAGGGCAGAAAUGCAUCUGAGCAGGUUGCUAUGAUACACCAAGUUGAGCAGUUCAAUGCCACUGUGCCAGCAGAGCAUCGAAUUACCACCUCUGUGGAGAUUGAGAAAACAAGAGAAGAACUUUACCAGCUCUUUGGGCAUGGAGAUGUGGUUUUUGUCAGCAAAGAUGUUGCCAGACAUUUUGGGUUUAAUUCGGCAUCAGAAGCAGUAAAAGGACUUUACAACCGAGUAAAGCCAGGUGCUUACUUAAUCUGUGCCUGGGCUGAGAAAGGAGCUGAUGCAAUGGGUCCUGACGGAGUCUUUCAUUCAAAUGCCUUUCCUCCUGAAAAGCUUGUGGAUACCCUUGGAGCAGGAGAUACAUUCAACGCAGCUGUAUUACUUUCACUGUGUAAUGGCAAAUCUAUCCAGGAAUCAUUGACGUUUGGAUGCCAGAUUGCAGGGAGAAAGUGUGGGAUUCAAGGAUAUGAUGGAAUUGUCUGACGAGAUAUGUUGGAGGAAUGAAUAGUCACAUGUCAUAGAAAUGAGAAAGGUCUACAGAAGAACCUAGAUAUUCACUCAUGCAUCCAUCUGAUAUGCAAAUUGAUAAUGGUUUUGAUGAUUUCCUUUGAUUUUAAAACAAACACAAUAAUUAAAAUUCCAAGAAAUGAAGGGAACAGUUAGGCUAGACUGAGAAAAACCAUUUAUGCUGGUUGGAGAGUCUAGUGUUAAUUAUAUAUUAAUUGUAUGUAGGUGGUAGAUAUUAAAUGAGGAUUAAUUUGUGCUCCCAUAAAUAGGAACAGACUAAAACUGAGGUUAUUGAAUUAGGAGGUGCACAUUUGUAAUGUGUAUCCCUGUAAAUAAAUGCUUGUAGAUGUGUGUAAAGAUUGGCUCCAGUUCUAUCCUUCACUACCUGGCUUUCUGGAGUAUAACAUUCAGGGUUAGACUACAUAGUUCAAAAUAUAGAGUUAGCCCUUUCAGGAGUGAAGUUAGGAAACAGCUCUACAUGCAAAGGGUGGUAGAAAUUUGGAACUCUCUUCUGCAAAUGGCAAUUGAUGGUAGAUCAAUUGUUAAUUUUAAAUCUGUGAUUGUUAGAUUUUCAUUGACCAAAGGUAUUAAGGGAAAGGGAUGGGGUGGAGAGGAGGAGCUGGUUGCAGUUUGGCAUGACCACAUUGAGUGGUAGAACAGGCUUGAGGGGCUAGAUGGUCUACUCCUAUUCCUAUGUUCUUUUACUUGAGAACAUAGCAAUUGCUGAACGAAGACCAUAGUCAUUCGAGUUUGCCUUCUACCAUCCUGAUAGCCACAUGAUAUAAUAAUAAUAAUGAAGUUGUUGACUAAGCAUAGCAAUCAAUCUCUAUCAAUUAACCUACAACAGACCCAGACAUGGGGCAUGGAAAACUCCAUGUGGCAGGAAGCUUUGGAAACCGUAGUUCUAAAGUCAUCUGUUCCAGCUUGCUACUCUAAAGUUGAAUAUAUGAAGAUGAAAGUUUGCAAUGUAGUGAAUCCACUGAACUUUGGUCUCUAGAUCCAAAGACAUCACUAAUUGACUUGAAUUGUAGUUGGUUCCUGAAAAGUGAGUAUAAUGUUUUAGUCACACAUGGUUGCUUGCAUACCUGGCCGUGUGACAUCAGUUUUUUAUUUGGAAAUCUUGUAGUUCAAUAAACCGGAGGAUCACACUGAAUGUUGGUAAGAUUUGAUAAAUCCAGGUGUUAUUUGGUACAAAGAACUUCACCCACUUCCCUUCCUAUGGAAUUCUAGUGUGGAAGAUUGGGAAUGUUAGUAAGUAGAACAAAUUAGCUGAUUAUUAUUUUAAACAUUUGUUCAAUCAAUGGAGGAAUUUGUGCAUUUUGGAUUCCACGUUUACAAAUAAUUCAUGUCAAAAUUACAACUGCAACAGCAGUAAGCAGUUUACAAUAUUGUUGGUUCACCAUGCAAAAAUUCCUAUUCCUUAUCUGAGAUCCAUCAUUGAAAAUUUUAAACACUGUAAUAUGUCAUUUAUACUUCUGUUUUUACCUUGAUCAGUUAUCAUAUAACAAUUUUUGAUUUCCAUUCCACAAUGGAAGUAAUGCAUAGAAAGUUUCAGAAAAUAUUGUCAAAGGCAUACAAACAAAAUGCAGAGUUCAGGGUGUAUAUUCUAAUGUGCAUGCACUGUUAAAAUCUGUCUCCAUACCUGAAAAUGUGUAUGGACUAUCAGUUCUAUGUACAUCAUAUGGCUAUGUUCACUACAGUAGUAUGCAAAAGCAUAUGCUAUAAUGUCUUUGUUCACUUUAAUGCCUGCUUACAACCAAUGCAUUUUGUGUACAGUAUCAGUUUUAUCUGUGUGCGCUCAUGUUUCAUUACAAGAACUAUACUGUCUGCCUGCCAAUUGCCAUCUACAUACACUGUAAUGAAUUUGUGCUGUUAGCAUUUGUCUCCAUACUUAAUUUUGCAGACUGUGAUAUAACUUUGCAGGAAACAUUCAAAGCUUUGGAUUGAGACACUGGGCUGAAUUUUACUGCCUUGUUGUGGUGAGGUCAGUGCCACAAAUUGGGGAGGGCCAUUCAAAAGUCCAUUGACAUUGGCAGGACCAUAAAAUCCCUUUAAUGUAAAAUCCUGCCUAUGAGCUCCAUUAGGAUUGGUAUCUGAAAGGAAAUUUAUGGGCAGAAUUUUCCCAUUGUUGGGCAGGCGCAGGCCCAACCCGAACGGGAGAAAAAUAGUGCGUGAUGACUUUAGGACGCUUGUCUGACAUCAUCACACAUUCGUGUGAUAUUUUGGCCUGCUGGCGCACAUGAUAGGUGGCAGCGCGCCC